GUUUCCAGACGAGUUAUGAAAUUAGUUUUUUCAUUCGUCUCCGAAAACUCCUUCCGGUUAAACAUCCGAUGUGACACCCAAAUUUUUUUUUUCGCGAACUAAAUAGGCCCUUCGUCAACUCCGAAGUAGUUUUGAACUAUGAUAACCUCUUCCGAUUAUUGCAGCUCGAACAAAAAGAAGAGCAUGGGAAAACAACUGAGCUAGAAAGAAAAGAGAAGCAACUUAAAGAAGAGAGACAUGGCGAAGAACAUGAAAGGCCACACGAAGAAUUAGGACAGGGCACAAAACUCGAAACACAGUGUGAAGAACACAAAAGACUCGAAAGACAGUGCGAAGAACUCGAAAGACAGCGCAGAAAACUCGAAAGGCAGGGCGAAGAACUCAAGAGGAUGAAAACCAUCACGAUUGUUUAUGAACAGUUCCGUCAAUGGAUUGAGGACAAAGCUUCAAACUCCAGUAGUGGGGUUAGCUUCAUUGAGUUCAAUCCCUCAGAGGUAGAUGAUUCAGUCCCAAAGGACCAAAAUCAUUGUCUCGGGAGAGGUGGUUAUGGCAUCGUCUACAAGGCAAAACUUCGGAACGAGACUGUUGCUAUGAAGAUUCUCAAUGAGAGUAGCCGGCAAGGAGAACGGGAGUUCAAGCAAGAGAUUGCGAUACUCAAAAGAAUAAGGCAUCAAAACCUGAUCACUCUCAGAGGAGCAUGCAGUGAGAAAUUCGCACUCAUGUAUGAGCUUUUACCUAAUGGCACCCUUGAAGAUCGCCUUAUUAAUGAGAAACAAAGGGAAUCAUUCUCAUGGGAAGAAAGAGUAAGAGUGGCAACUAGCAUCUGCACUGCUCUUGUAUUUCUCCACAACGCCAAGCCUAAUCCAAUUGCUCAUGGUGAUCUUAAACCAGGCAACAUCCUCUUCGAUGAUGAAAACAUAUGCAAGCUCAGUGACUUUGGAAUCUCCCGUUUGUUACAGCAGACAAACGACACAGGAACGCCUAACCAUAUUACAGAAGUGCCAAAGGGUAGCGGUCCCUAUAUGGACCCUGAAUUCAAGAAUACAGGCAAAUUGACUCCUCAGUCAGAUGUAUUCGCGUUGGGUAUCAUUCUGCUGCAGCUAGUCACAGGCCAAAGUGCAACGGGCCUAAGAAAGCACAUCGUUGAUAAAUUGGAAGGUAAAAAAUUGGAAAAAAUGGACACACGCAAGCAAAAGAUGAUCUUGGAGAAACUUCAAAUCUUGGAUGCUCAAUUGAAGUUGGAUGACACGUCUAUACAGGAUGCUGUAAAGAUGGUUUCACUGGGCCUGAGAUGCAGCAAUAGUGAAAGGAAACGUCGUCCAAGCUUGGAAAUUGAGGUGUGGCCUGAGAUUGAGUCAAUGAAUAAGUCAGAAUGUCUAUAUGGGUCAGAUGAAGUUGACUGA